GCCAUGGCCACGGUCCUACUGCAGUCCCCGCUGGGCCUGCUGCUACUGCUGCUGCUGCCAGCGCCACUGCCAGGGCUCCUUCAAAAAGAGAACUCAGCUAGACCCACUUCCUUUGGAAUCUCCCAACCAGAAUACCUCUCAGCGUCCAUUGGUGGCUCCGUUGAAAUCCCUUUCUCCUUCUGGUAUCCCUGGGAAUUGGCUGAGAAUCCUCACACGAAUAUAAUGUGGAGAAAAGGCGACUUCCAUGGGGAGUUUAUCUACCAACGCACCGAGAGCUUCACACACACGAACUACAGCAACAGGCUCUCCCUGAACUGGACACCAGGGCAGAAGAAUGGCUCCCUCAGGAUCUCUAACCUGCAGCGCAAGGACCAGUCCAAGUACUUCUGCCGAGUGGGGCUGAACACACGGACACAGGGCUGGCAAGUGUGGCAGUCCAUGCCAGGGACCUCGCUUGUCAUCACUCCUGCCAUCAAGACUACCACUCAAAGAACCAAAAGGAGGACCACCACUACAGCUACCACAACCACUACAACCAUAACAGCCACUACAGCCACCCUCAGGGUCACGGAGGGCAGACAGCACCCAGAGUCCCAGCUGCUGAGUCUGGAAUCAGCAGUCGGGCUGGCAGUGGUCUCAGCUCUGGUCAAAGCGGCCUCUCUGGGACUGCUGCUCUUCAUGAUGUGGAAGAAAAGGAAAGGGCAGCAGACCCAGGCCGAAACUCCAGCCAGGAAACCUCCACAGCACACAGAGGAGAAACAUGAGAACACUGGGAAUCAAGGACCAGAUCACAGCUCCCACAGCAAGACAAAUCUCUUAAGACAAUGAACUGUGGGACCCGGCAGCGUGGCCUAGCAGCUAAAGUCCUUGCCUUGAACGUGCCAGGAUCCCAUAUGGUUCUAAUC